GGCAAUAUCGUCGGCAGUGGCUAGUACAAAGGCACCAGUGGACCCCCGCGAUGUUGUCCGCGACCACGGCUUCGGCUGCGUCUGUGACUGUCCUUCUCCUGGCUUUGUGUGGUGGCACGGACGCGAUGUUUAGCGGGUCCUCGUUUGCCAGGCGAAGGCUACAAAGGUGCGCUCCGGAUCCACGGUCGUUCCGGCUCGAAGACCGGGCGUCCUGCCCUUUCAGACGCAGUACGAACACGCAGGCCGGUCGGAUUCCGGCUGUAGUGCCGACGGUGAUGUGCAACUGUCCCGGCAGUCAAUGCAGUAUGUUCGGCGAUUUUCGCUGUCAAGAGAUACGGGAGAGUCUUCAGGUGGUUUACGUAGAGGGCGCCGGACCAGCGUGGUUCAGGAACGAGACGUUUACGGUGGCAUGCGCCUGCGUCGCCAACAGGACGAGUCAAGGAACACCACGCUUGCUCAUGCCAAGCGGCACCGCGGAGGAGUACGACAGCGAGGCUCCAGGCCUGUGGCGAGAAAACGCUGCGAGUCCGCAGAGCGAGCUGCGAGAUGGAGAAUAAACUUUAUUGUACGAAGGAACUCCGUGGAGUUAAUUUCGGGUGGAGCUCUUGGACGGCCAAACUGCGGUGGCGCAAGUGGUUGCUGUUCCCCAGUAGCAAUAAGGACGUUGCUUCGAACGUUGGACGGGAUUGUACUCCUCCAAAAUUGUCUGUGGUGCCCUCCCCCCCUCGCCUUUUUGUUCUGUGGAGCGGUUAGUCGCGUGAAUAUUUAUUAAACUUAUCGUGUUUCAACCUACAA